CGGCGCGCCUGGUCCAGCCGCGGGCUGAGCGCGGAGCCGCGGCGGGCGCGGGAUCCGGGCCGGGGCGCGAGCCGAGCGCAGCCUCCGUGUUCUGCCGGGCCAAGCGCGCAAAGCGGGAGGAGCGGGCACGGCGCGCCGGGGCCGCCGCCGGGGGGAUGCGGCUGCCUCCCCCGGCUGGCGUGUAGAGAGGGCGGGUCCCCGGCCUCGGGAGCGCGGCGGUGGAGGGGACAGAGGCGGCGGCCAUGGCGACCCCCGGCAACCUGGGGUCCUCCGUCUUGGCGAGCAAGACCAAGACCAAGAAGAAGCACUUCGUAGCGCAGAAAGUGAAGCUCUUUCGGGCCAGCGAUCCGCUGCUCAGCGUCCUGAUGUGGGGGGUAAACCACUCGAUCAAUGAACUGAGCCAUGUUCAAAUCCCUGUUAUGCUGAUGCCAGAUGACUUCAAAGCCUAUUCAAAGAUAAAGGUGGACAAUCACCUUUUUAACAAAGAAAACAUGCCGAGCCACUUCAAGUUUAAGGAAUACUGCCCGAUGGUUUUCCGGAACCUGCGGGAGAGGUUUGGCAUCGACGAUCAGGAUUUCCAGAAUUCCUUGACAAGGAGCGCACCCCUUCCCAACGACUCCCAGGCACGCAGCGGGGCUCGAUUCCACACUUCCUAUGACAAGAGAUACAUCAUCAAGACCAUCACAAGUGAAGAUGUGGCCGAAAUGCACAACAUCCUGAAGAAAUACCACCAGUAUAUAGUAGAAUGUCAUGGGAUCACCCUUCUUCCUCAGUUCUUGGGCAUGUACCGGCUUAAUGUGGAUGGAGUGGAAAUAUACGUGAUUGUUACAAGAAAUGUGUUCAGCCACCGUUUAUCUGUAUAUAGGAAAUACGACUUAAAGGGCUCCACGGUGGCUAGAGAAGCUAGCGACAAGGAAAAGGCCAAAGAGCUACCGACCUUAAAGGAUAAUGACUUCAUUAACGAGGGCCAGAAGAUUUAUAUUGACGACAACAACAAAAAGGCCUUCCUGGAAAAACUGAAAAAGGAUGUCGAGUUUCUCGCCCAGCUGAAGCUCAUGGACUACAGCCUGCUGGUGGGAAUCCAUGAUGUGGAGCGAGCCGAGCAGGAGGAGGUGGAGUGUGAGGAGAACGACGGGGAAGAGGAGGGGGAGAGCGACGGCACCCACCCCGUGGGAACCCCUCCGGACAGUCCUGGAAACACGCUCAACAGCUCACCGCCUUUGGCCCCGGGGGAGUUUGAUCCAAACAUUGACGUUUAUGGGAUUAAAUGCCAUGAAAACUCGCCCAGGAAAGAGGUGUACUUUAUGGCAAUUAUUGACAUCUUGACUCAUUAUGAUGCAAAGAAGAAAGCUGCCCACGCUGCAAAAACUGUUAAACAUGGCGCUGGUGCAGAGAUCUCGACCGUGAACCCAGAACAGUAUUCAAAGCGCUUUUUGGACUUUAUUGGCCACAUCUUGACGUAACCUCCCACAUGACCUCGGACGGACAUGAGCAUGGGAAGGACAGAGGUGGCUUCGGCGUAGGAAAAAUGAAAACCAAACUCAGUGAAGCACACCUCCUCGUUUACAUCUUCAGGCCAAGAUGACUGAUUUGGAGGCUACUCGCUUUAACAGCUACCUGAUAUUUCCCAGCAUCGUUCUAGCUAUUUCUGACACGUGUGUGUGUGUGUGUGUGUGUGUGUGCGCGCGCGCGUGUGUGCGCGUGCGUGUCUUAAAAAUUAAUUAAUGAAAACUGAUCAGCUUCGGUCAGGGUGUGUUUGGGCAACAACCCUCUGAUUCCAGCUGCGGACGAAUGAAUGAAUGAAUGAGCACAUGCGGGGGGAGGGGAUGAAGGAAAUGCAUGUCAGACCAACCAUGUUGGCAUCACACGAUAAACUGUGGAUCAGUUUAUUUUUUGGAGUUGAAAGAUGUGACAGUAUUCAUAAUAAUAAUGAAGAUAAUAAUAAUGAUGAUAAUAAUGAUGGUGAUUAAAAGAAAAAAACUUACUGCGAAUGUUACAUUUCUACCACGCACGCUGACGCUCCUUAACAGCUGUGCCCCGGGCCCCUGGCACCAGGCGGGGGCGUGCCCUGCUUCAGGGUUCCGCCUCCACACGGUGUCCAGGGGCGGGGGGCCCCCGGGGUCCGGGAACAAAUGCCCCUCCUCCAGCAAGAAGCUGAUGCCCCUAGUGACUCUUCCCUGUACAUUUUUCACCUCAGUAAGUAUGUCCAGGAAAACUGCUUACUUCUCUUUUCUUGCCUGGAGCUUCUUCACUGUUACACUCUUAUGUUGCAAUAUAGGAAUUUAUGCUACAAAAUAAAAAUAAAGCUUACCUGAAAAGUGCAUAGUUUCGGGCAAUGGUAUCUACAUCUCCUACUGUGGGAAGGUGAGCAAAGCAUUAGAACUCUGAACUCUCCUGUUAACGACGGCAGAUCUAAAUUAUAAGAUGUUUAUGUUUGACCAUUGUUUAAACAGUGGUAUUUUGUUAUGAAUUAUCCCUUUAACUGAAACCCUCAAUUUUACUGUUUACAUUAUUAGGAAAACAGGGAUAUUUUUGAAUCUAAAAAUUUAAUGUACAGCAUGUGAUUUUUGAAGUUUACAUGUAAAGUCAUUUUACAGUGUAGGUGAAAUAAUGUUUGUCAUAUUUUGAAAUGUACCCUGCAGUCAUGUUUUUGGGUGUUUUAUUCAAAGUACACGGUAGGCAGUCUUCUACAAUGAAAGUAAAAGGUGGUUUUGUUUCCUCCAGAUGUACAUUUAUCAACCCGAUGAUUUUUUUUUUUAAUGUUUAACCCAAAUCUGGUUAUGUAAGUUCAUUGCCCUAAACUGUGCUGAUUGUGUUUUAAUCAGUUUAUAAAUUUUCAACAUCGAUCAUGUAUUUACCAACUUUCUGGCAUUUUCUGAAAGGCGUCAAGCUAAAAUACUAGACUUGCUUAGAGUAGGUUAUCAACUUAUACACUGUGCUAAAGCUGUGCCUUUGAAAUUCUUUGUGUAAAACAUGAGAUGAUUUUUGUAGGCAGUUUCAGAAAAGGAAAAAAAAAAAAAAAUCCACCCUCCAGUGAUUACUCACAAUCACAAAUACCCCCUGCCAUACUGCCUCUUGCAGUGACUUUACUUCCGGGCUGAUCAGGGCUGCAACUGUGCCCAGUGUGUGUGGGUUUACUUCAGAAAACACGUGCUGAUGGCAAGUCAGGACCUCCGGAGGCCAGCAGCAACACCACCGGACCAUUAUGGACUUCCCCCGGGUUCGUCCUCCACGGUAGAUGGUGUUACCACCAUGACAUGGUUGUCCGAAUCCGUAUUUUACGCAUUUGAAUUAAUCGAGACUGGUCUGCCCCCCCCCCCCCCCCCCGUUCAUUCUGGAAUCAAGUCAGUUCGAGUAUUCUGAAGGUAUACUGUGGUUUCUUUGGCCCAAGACUACAGAGGUGAGACCCUGAAGUAAAGAUAAGGUACCCGUACAUUAUUUGAGUAACUAUUUCCUUUGUGGCCAGUGUGUGUAUGCUUUUAGAAGUUUACAAAAUGCUUUCUUUUUGUCUGUAACAGUCUCUGUCAUUCAUUUCUGUCAAUGAACUAUUUGGACAGAGUGAGGAAGUUUGCCUUGUAUCUCCUAGUGCUAACAAUACACUCCAGUCAUGAGCCAGGCUUUACAAAAUAAAGCACUUUGAUGACUCACAAA